CCUUCCAUAUAGAUUAAAAACACACUUUCACUUUCUCUUCUAGAAUAUAAAAAGAGUGGAAGCACCCAUCUCUGUUCAUUCUCCUGAAAACAUUCUAGGUAAGCGUUUAUUACUGCUUAAAUCUGAUCGAAGAUAUCUUUCGUCUUCAUUUGUUGAGAUUCACAUUUUUUGUUAAUUGCAAUUUUUUGCUAAUUAUUGGUAGUUUUAUAUCAGGUAUAGUCAGCCUUCAGCACUCUAUAUCUUGUGGACUACAUCUCCCUUGAUACUUUGCAACAACAUCUGGAGUGCUGAAGGUUGCCUACCUCUUUUCUAGAUAUUUAUGGUGGAUAUAUCUUAAUAUUCCACUAUCUCUCAGUCAAAACGUGUUUUUGUUUUUUGUUUUGUUUUUAUAUCUGUAAGCUUAAAUGCUAAAUUCUGAAUUGUGGAAAACUAAAAUGGCAAACUAAUCACAACAUUAAAGUGACACUCCAAAAACUAUAGCCUGCUGUAGUUAUUUUGGUGCCUGAAGUGCCCUGUUGCCCUGGUACUGUCUGCCUCUUGUCAUUGAAGGUUAACUGUCUUCAAAAGUUAACCUUUCAUUUUUAAAAGGUCAUUAUUUUUAAUGAAAGUUAAUUUUUUAUGUGUGUGUGUGUGAUUAGUUUUUUUUUUUUUAAUUAAGCAUAUUGAUUUUCUGAAAAAAAAAAAAUGUACUUUUUUUAUCUGGCUGAGCAGCCAUGUUGGUAAACAAAUGAGGAGCAAACCCAGUAAAAACGAUAUGAUCUUUAUUGAAUAAACCUGUAUAUAAUACGUAUGUAUAGAUGAAUGCAUAAUCUUAAACUAGACACCUUAAACAGUAACUAUGUAUACAUAGGUCACAUAAACCAAGCAAAACAAAUUAAGAAAAAAAAAAAGAAACAAAGUUACUCGAUAGAAAACUAAAGCAAACUAUGCGACCAUCGAACGUAAUUUAUUGCAUGAAUUAAAAAGAUAAAGUAAAUACCAAGAAUCAAUAGGCAAACUGAAUACAAGUGCAUGGAUUCCAAAAUAGGAGACCCCCCCCCUAAUGUUUUGUCUGGAAGCUUUUGUCAAAGGACCAACUGCUAUUCUUCCUAACUUGCCUGAUGCUGUGAUUUUUAUAUGUCAAACUGCAAUAACAGCAAGGUUUUACUGUUUUACAUUGCAGGGCUAAGCGGACAGGGACAUUUCACCCAGACCUGGGUGCCUAUACUGUCCCUUUAAAGAGUAACUCCAAACAUCAUGACCACUGUAGUAAUUUGAAGUGGUUAUGGUGCUUGGAGUCUGUAUGUGCAGCUUUUCAAUAUGAAACUCUGCCCAUACUGAGAUAUUUUAUACUGUGUAACUCCAUCUCAGGCAUAAGUACCUCAGUAGCCAGCCCGGAACAAGAGUUCCAAGACUGCUGAUGUUCGUUCUGUGCAUAUGCAUUGCACAGCGGGUCAUUUACUGUCUGGGAACACCCAGCUGAUGCUUUCAUACACACAAGCACAGAGACUUGAUUUUUUUUUUUUAUAUUUUUUUUCUGUGCUCCAAUGGUAUGCUAGAGUUUGCACUAAUUGCACAGCUAAUCGCACAACAACCAGCUCUGUACUGGGGUUGUGAUACAUCUCUGCUGCAUACAUCAGUACAGGGCAGCCAGGGAGCUGUGUAGAGAGCAAGUUGCCCACACUUGCUUGAACUUGCCAUGACUCCUGUUAGCCGGGGCAAAUACAACCCUCUUUUGUGUGUCAUGGACCACCAAGUGCUGUGUGGAUCCUUGGUGCUGUUUUGGAAACAGCAGCCCCACACUGAAACCAGUCAGUGUUCAGGAGUAGGGUUAAACCUAAAUAUUGGCAGGUACAUGUUUAAACGGGGAACUGGCUCAGGAAUUUACACAAUUGAAUAAAACAUUGAAAAUAAACUUUCACUUGUGUUAAAAGAACACUCCAGUCAUUAAUAAAAGCUACUAUCAAAGUAUUGUUGCUCACCCUUCCCCAUUCUAAAACGAUUUUACUCCAUCCAUUAGGGAGGGGUGGCAGGGUGCUUCUGGCACCAUAACCACUACGGUGUAGUGUACUGUAUGGGCUUAAAGACACAUUCCAAGCACCACAGCAACAUCUCCUUCUUGCUAUUCUGUUAUAGUGCCUGGCAGCAAAGAUAUAUUUAAUUGUUUAUUUUUCUUCUUUUUUUUAUUUUUUUUUCAGACAUUACCAGCCUCUUAUGUUCUUUCCUACUUUGCAUCUCAGGCUUGGUAUAUUAGUCAUCAAUGUUCUCUCUCUCCACUUUUUCCUAUUAAAUGACUUUAAUUCAUAGAAAAAACAUUAUUAUUAAUUAAGUAAGAAAAAAAAACAAAAAACAUGAAAUAACCAUACACAACAUUCAUACAUGAUGAUGGAACCCUCUUCCCUCGUCUCUCUGCAUUACUAUUCAUAGUGCUAAUAUAUGAGUUAGCAUUUCUCUUUUCUUUUCUCCUUUCUUUCCUUUUCUUUUUUCUUCUUUUCUUUCCCUUUUCCUUUCCCUUUUUUUUCUCUCCCUUUCUUUUCUCUCUUCCUUUCUUCCUUCCCUUCCUCUUCUAUGUAUAUUAAUCUACUGCCAACAGUUUUUCUAGCCACUUAUUUAUGUGAAAUACGUUUUUUUUUCCUUCAAAUUUCUGUUCAGACCUCCCUCCAUCCUAAAUUGCGAAAUUAAUAAGUUUUUUUACUAUAUCCCAAUUUGGUAGAAUUUUGGUUCUCUGCCUUUUAGCUAUGGAGAGUUUUGCUGCUAUUAAUGCAUGAAAAAGAAAAUAUUGCAAAUCCACAUUGUACUGAUAAAUAUUUAAGUGUAAUAUGCACAUUUCCGGGGCAAGGGGAAAAUUAAAUCCAGUUACCAUUUCUAUGUUAGACAAGAACAUUUUCCAAAAUUCUUUAAGUGGGGGGCAACUCCACCAAAUAUGUAGACAAUCUCCCACUCCCCCUUCACAUCUCCAGCAUAUAUCUGUUUUACUCUGGUCUAUUUUAUUUAGGCGGCUAGGAACCAAAUAGAGUCUGUUGAUAAUCUUAAAAUGUAGUUCCACUAAGUUUAGGCAUUCAAUGCACCUAGCAACUGUCAGCCUGCUGUAUUCCACUCUUGACCAUCGAUUUUUUUUGUGUUUUUAGAUCUUUCUCUCAUUUUUUUAUCGCUGUAAACGUCAGGUCACCCUCUAGUUGUCUCAAUACCGAAUUACACUUAUUUAAUAAAUUUUUCAUGUCCUUUCCUUUCAGUAAAUUUCCUAGUUUAUUGUUAAAUUCCCAUUUCUCUUUAUUUAAAGUUUUAUUCAGAUAGCUUUUAAUCCUCAUGUAAUUAAAUUUCUCAGUUUCGGGAAGACUAAAAUUAGUGCAUAUUUGUUCAAACGAAUUAACCCAGGGUCCUGUUGUUAUAUCUUCUAUGGUUUGUAUACCUGUUCUUCUCCAAUAAUUUAGUCUUAGGUCUUGCAUAUUAUUUUCCAAUAUUGAGAUCGGUAGGGUAUUAAUAAUGUGAUUUUUAAAUCCUACACUUUUUCUUAUCUUACUCCACAUUCCUCUAAUGGAUUCAAUUACCACACUAUCAGAGCUUGGUUGGGUCUUAUUUGUGUCUCCUUCUUGAGUAAACCAAAAAAAAUUUACUAGCUCCCUACCUUCUGCAAGUUCCUUUUCCACCGCGUACCACUUUUCUAACUUAGCCCCAGCCAAUUGUGAAAUGAUACUACGGAAAAGGAUACUCGCUUUGUGGUAUUGUUAUAUAAGUGGGAGUCCUACGCCUCCCUUAGAUUGAUUGAUCGAGAGGAGUUUUCUUGCCAUUUUAGGUUUUUUUGCUUGCCAUAUGAACUUAGACCAGGCCUGUUGUAUUAAUAGCAGCCAAUUAUCAGGGACACUCAGAGGGAUCAUUCUAAACAAAUAUAACCAUUUUGGUAAGAUGUAAGACUUAAUAAUAUUAAUACGACCCCACCACGAAAAUUCUAAGUUCUUCCAACCCUUUAGGAGUUUAUUCAUUUUAAUAAGCAAUGGAAGAAAAUUGAUCUCUACUAUUUUCAGUGGGUCAGCACAUAUAUUAAUUCCUAAAUAAUUAAAUGAAUUUUCGACCCAUACGAAAUUAAAUUUCUUCAUAAACUCAUUUUUUUCUUCUUUAUUUACAUCUACAGCUAAAAUAGAUGAUUUUUCUAUAUUUAUUUUGUAUCCAGAAACCUGGGAAAAACUUCCAAUGGUUUCCAUAAAUUGUGUUAUAGAUUGUAGAGGUUUUUGUAUUGUUAAGAUGACAUCAUCAGCAUAUAAAUUUAUUUUUAUAUUUACUUUAUUAAAAUCAAAACCUACUAUUCCGUGCUCUUGUCUUAUGGCUAUAAAGUAACGGAGACAAGGGACAGCCUUGUCUUGUUCCGUUUAGCAAUAAGAACCAUUCAGACCCAAAGCCAUUUCCUACAACUCUAGCCAUAGGUGCUGUAUAGAGAGCUGAUAUAUUCUGAAGAAGUCUUCCCUCUAACCCAAAUGCCUGAAGGGUUUGCCUCAUGAACUCCCAGUUGACCCUGUCAAAUGCUUUUUCAGCAUCUAAAGACAGGGCCAACAUGGGAGCCCCGGUUCUUGUUGCAUGGUUCAGCACAUUAAUCAGUCUUCUUAUAUUAUGGGUAGAUGAUCUACCAGGGACAAAUCCCACCUGAUCCCUAUCUAUCACGUCUGGUAUGAUCCUUUUUAAACGUUCUGCUAUCAUGGCCGAAUAGAGCUUCAUAUCGGUAUUUAGAAGGGAAAUUGGGCAAUAGUUCUUGAUUUUUUCUGUAUCUUUUUCUUGUUUAGGGAUUGGGACUAUAUUAGCUUGCAGUAAUUCUGUUGGAAUCUUUUCGGUUGUUCCAAAGGAAUUAAAAACUUCAAUCAAAUCUGUUUUGAUAUUGUUUUUCAGUAAUUUAUAGAAGAGAUUAUCAAACCCAUCGGGUCCUGGAGAUGUAUUUUUUUUAAGUUUGUUAAUACAGAAGAUCAAUUUAUCCUCCUUGAAUACUUUAUUCAAUUCUUGUAGUUGUAGGUCUGUAAUUUUCGGGAUUUUAAUAGUUUUUAAGAACUCUCUAAUUUCUAAUUUAUUUAUUUGACUCGAAAUAAUUUAUAAAUCAUAAUAAUAUUUUUUAAAAGCUUCUCCUAUUUUUUCUGUGUUUAGUAAGGUUUCCUCAUUGUCUACAAUUUUAGUUAUAACCUUUUUAACUCUUUCUUUCUUUAGUCUGUUUGACAUCAAUGCUUCUGCUCUGCUUCCCGUGUAGUACCAUUUUUGUUUCAUGCCUAUUAAGGCCUUAUUGGCUUUUACUAACAAUUGGUCAUUUAUUAGUUUUUCUACUUCUGUUAUAGUAUUGGUAAUAUUAUUUGAAGGGUUUCUUUUAUUUUGAUAGAGUAAAUCGUCCAACCUUACAUAUAGCUCCGCCAGAUUAGCCCUUUUCUCAUUCAAUUUAUUUUCUUUAGCUGUUAGACUUAUGAGGUGACCCCUUAUGACCGAUUUAAAUGCGCACCACGUCAUUGCUGGGUAGACCUCAUUAUUUAAUAUUUUCUAGGAAGAAAAGGUCUGUCAUCUUUAUAAUAUAAUUAACAUUGUUUUCAUUUUUCAAUAUCCAGUCCUUUAUUCUCUAUUCUGUUCUGGGUCUCUCAAACUGUUCUUUUAGUUCUAAUAUAAUUGGGUUAUGAUCAGACCACGUUAUGGAUGUUAUAAAAAAAUUUUUAACCUGUUUCACCAGAUUUCUAUCCCCCAAAAUUAGAUCAAUUCGAGAGUAUGAGCAAAAUGUUUUAGAGAAACAUGAAAAAUCUCUUUCUUUUACAUGGAAUAUCCUCCAAUAAUCUAACAGUUCAUUUUGACUAAUUCUGAAAAUACUUUCCCGUUAGUUUUUACCUUCUUAUAGUUAUUACCUUUUAAUUUGGGACUCUUAUCCAAAUCUGCGUCCAAGACGCAGUUAAAGUCCCCCAUAACAAUGACUCGACCCGUUUUAACACGGUCAAUUCUAUUAAAUAUUUUUCUAAUAAAUGGAAUUUGAGCCUGGUUCGGGUCAUAAAUAUUAACUAAUGUAUAUUUUUGGUUGUUAAUUUCACACACUAGAAUUAUGUAUCGACCUUCUGUAUCAAGUUCUUGGUGAACAAUUUUCAAAGAGAGAUUCUUCGAAAACAAAAAAGCCACCCCUCUUUUUUUUUAUUUUUUUAUUUACAGAAGCAUUAAUUAUCGUGGGAAAUAGCUUAGACUUAAGUUUUGUUUUUUCUUCUAAUUUCCAGUGUGUUUCCUGUAAGGCCACUAUGUGUAUUUGCUCCUUCCUCAAAAAUUCAAGAAUUGUGUAUCUUUUAAAUUGCGAAUUGAUUCCUUGUGCAUUAAUUGUUGCAAAUCUCAUAUUAUCUUCCUAUUCUUAUUUUUUUUUUUUUUCUCCGCAGGAAGUCUAGAAGGGCCAUCAUCUUAACAUACAAACAAUUACAUCCAUACAUCUCUAUACAUUUUCUGCCUUUACUUAGGCCUUGAAUGUAUCUCUCCUCCCUCCUACCUAUCUCCUUCCCCGGAUCUCCCAUAAUCCUGAGGAGACAGAUCAGAUAGCGACAAUAUCCCUCUUGCGAGAGUCGCUUAUAACCCCUUCUUUAAACUCACAAGAUUGCCAACAAUCCAUGAGCUAAAGUAUUCUGUUUAUUUUUCUUCUUACUGGGAUACUGGGAGUACACAGGAGCUGCUUGACUCUCCAGCACUGUUAAACUUCAAUGAGAGAGCUGUUCAUGCUUCAACCUAUAUAAUAUCAUUUGUUUGAGGUGGGGACUGUUCUACAACCUAGUGGCAUGUACAUGACUGAUCACUGGGAAUGCUGAAAGCUAUAGGGGUCUAUAUGCAAAAGUCGAAAUGACUCUGUACUGAAUGGGGCAAAAACAAUUGGUUAUGCACGGGGCAAUUUGAUCUGUUAAAUACCGUGAACAAGUCUGAAUUUGGUCUAAAUAAAAUAGAUUAUCUAAUUAACUUUUUUUCUUUUGUAUGUAUUUUGAUUAUUUACAGCUUGAUAACUGUGUCCUGACAUGUCUAUUCAAAACAAUUUUAACAUUUCUGGAAAAGCCUUGGAAGAAUACUUAAAGCUUGAGAAAAAGGUUUGUUACUAAAGAUUUAUUACAUUACUAUGUGACUCCACAAUAGCUUAUAUUAAAUAUUUUGGCCAACAUUUUCGCGAACAGCUGCAAACUAUGACCCUGUGUAUUAAAAAGUUAUUGUUACUUUUCAGUAAGCCCAGGAAUACUUGGAAAGCAAAAUAAAUUGUCUUCAGAUGCCUCUGCUCUUCUAAAUGUGUUGAGAGGACACGUAAAACCCCUAAAGUACUAUAACUUGCUGAAAUAUUUUAGGAAAUAAGACCCUACUACACCUUCCUUACCUCAGUUUACAAACGUGAUUUAAAAAUAAAUUGACAUUUUUAUAAAUUCAUUUAGGGCAAUUUGGAAACACCAGAACUGUCAAGCUGACAGCCAGGAGGCAUUCACUCUGAUUGCAUGAUCGUUAAAGCAGAGGUCAAGAUCCUCCACGAGAAAGCAUCAGUUAUUGAUUAACUAUGAUGAGAAGCAAAUUCUAUUGAAUGCUCAUCAAGCAUUUGCCAGUUUUUGCAAAACGGGAAAGGGAGACUGUCAUCACUGACAGUCUCCCUGAGGCUGAGUGGGGUGGAAAAGUGAGACUCUUUUCCCCCCCACUUUUUUACAAAAUAACCAGUUCACUUCAUGUGAAAAUCAUAUGCGUGUGUUGGUAAAGAAAACUCUUGCAGAGAUCGUAAAAAGAGAGUAUAUGUGAACAUUCCAUUCCUGUGUAUUUGAAGAUGUUUGUGCACCUGGUUAUACCAAGCAGAGUGGUUGAAACGAGGAUGCAGAGUCAAGAAUUUCUGGACGCCCUGGACUAUAGCACCCAUGCAGUGGUCCAACUAGAGAAAUAUGGCACAGUUGGUAUGGUGUGCCUAUAUUUUAAAAGCAGCAAUAGAACUAGAACAUUAACAUACAGAUUAACUCUGUAUGUAAGUGCUAACUGGAAGAAUAAUUAACAAUGUUUAAAAAGACACUUAACCAAAAAUUAAAUAAAGUCAGGUAUUUGAAAUCCAAAUCCCCUAGGCUAAGCCUCUAAAUAGUUAAUGAAAUUUUACCAUAAAGAAUCCCCAAAAUUUCUGGCUUUAUUAGUGAUUGCCAAUGUAGGGGGAUUGACUAAAGGUAAAAAGUUAUUACUUAUAUUAUGGUCCAGAAUGCUGUACUAUUGUAAGAAAAGUAGGGAGAUGGUUCAGUAUCCACUUAUAAAGCCUUACUAAAGAGAAUAACUCCAAUAUGUGGAAACAGUCUAGAAGGUAGGAACCAAUAUAAUUGAGCACUUGUCUUCAGUUGUGGAGAUUUAAAUCCUUAGAGUAUAACCACAGAAAAAUAAUUUAUGCAGGUAAAAUACGAUGCCAAUGUCACUUUAAAAAUUCUCUGCGGGUAUCUCCAAACAGUGGAGACAAGUUUGAAAAUUAUACUCUGAGUCACAAAUGCUACCACAAUGUAAUUUGGAAUUUGCUACUGCAGUACAGCCUGUAGUAUUUGAGUAGACAGGAAAGCAUAAGUUACAUAAAGCCUCUCUCCUUGUUAAGCUUGCUAGAUAGUCAGAGGAAUGUGAAAAAUAAUAAAUAGAAGUGCUAUUAAAUCAAAUCAAACCAUGCUUAGAUUAACGUGGUAUGCUGCACCAUCGUGAUUAGUGUAAAGUGCCCUGUGAGAAAAUAAAAGUUGCCAAAGGGCAACUUCUAUUUAUUCUUUCUAUUCAAAUACUACAGGCUGUAGUGCAGUAGCAAAUUCCAAAUUACAUUGUGGUAGCAUUCGUGAAUCAGAGGAUAAUUUGCAAACUUGUCUCCACUGUUUGAAGAUAACCGGGUUAUGCCGGUUUCUCCUCUCGCGAGCUCAGAGCAUUACCGUGGUUACCAUGACAAAGCUCAGAAUCUCGCUAAAGUGAACUCUAGCCUCAAGAGCUGCUAGAGUUCACUCUUACCACUGGGAACAUCAGGACUUCUCCUCCGGACCACCAGGGAUUAGUACUGUCCCCCUUCCCAGGCAAAGGUAAGAAGGGAGGGGGAAUAUGAAAAUAUAUUUUUUAAAAUUAAAAAAAAAUGUUAUAUAAAUUUUUCCCCUAUACACACACAUUGCCCCCCAUACACACUGUCACGUUCUGUUCCUCGCUGUGGAUCUUUCCUGCAUUGGCUUCUGGUAUCCAGUACUCUUUUUGCUGUCCUUGCUUGGUUUUUCUGGUCUAUGUCUGGUUUUCUUUAUGCUGGGUUUUUCUGGGUUCAUUCUUAUAUUCCGUCCCUGGAUUUCCCAGUCUCUUGGAUUCAUUUAAAUGUUUGUUUUAUGUUGCCACACCUGUUUGUUUUCCACUUUCCUUUUGUUUCAGUCUGGACCUGCAGCAGUGUUUCAUGUCUCUGCACUUUCUUGCAGGUAAGUGCUGUAUUGUUGUUUAGUGUGGUUGUUUUAGCAUACAUUAGGCAGUGUAGGACCUGCCAGACAUGGGGUACAUGGGCGUUGUUGGCAGGCUUAUGCAAUGUAUGAUCAUAUAAUGUGACUAAAUCCCCAUACUUUUCAUAAUUAGUGCUUAGCUAUGUUUCCUCUUGUUUUACUUUGUCUUGUAAUUCCUGUCCAGUCAUGCCCAUGUUAUGUUCUUGUUUUCCUCAUGUCUUGUGUACAUGUUCUAGGUUCUGCUUUCUGUCCUGCUCUGGUUUUGGGUUCUACUAGUUCUGUCUUGUUUUUAUGUAUGGUGCCUAUUUCUAGUCUUGUCUUGUUCUCAUGCAUGAUGUCUAUUUCUAGUAUUUCCUUGUUCUCCUAGUUCUGUCUUGUUUUCAUGCAUGGUGCCUUGCUCUCCUAGUUUUGCCUUACUUCAGUACUGGAUACAUCCCUGCUGCAGAGCCUCCCUAUUCAGCUCCUGGGAGGUCUGCUUAAUUAUCUGCUCCUAGUUCCUGGGAUCCGCAUAAGCUGAAUCAGGGUUUUGGUAUGUGGCUGCACAAACGCUGGUGCUCAACACCAGGGGGCGUGCGGUUGCCCUGCACCAGACUCUGCUAAUCCACCUCCACACUGUGACUCCUACUCUCAACAUCAGGCACCACACUGCCCCCCCCUUUUCACACACACUGCCCCCCUUCCACACACACACACACACACACACUACAUCCUUCACAAACAUAAUGCAACCCUGUACACACACUGCACCCCGCACACUCACCUACAUUGCACCCGUCACACACACACACACUACUGCACCUAUCCCCUUCUACAGCCCCUGUUUUUAAACAGUUUGACUACUUACCCUGGGAGGGUAUCACAGCACUUCUGGCACCAUAAUCACUACAUAGUGCUGUAGUGGUUAUUGUGCCUGGAUUGUUUAUUUAAAUAAUUUACCAGUGCCCCUCCCAAGAUUAGGCUCUGGAUUCGCCCUUGACAGGGAACCAUUUCUGCUGAACAGGGGCCCAGUAUAUGCCACAGCGCAUUUAUACAACCUAGAAAUAUUUUUGACUUGGGGCACCUUGGAAAAAUAUUGAACCUAAAAAGUUUGGGAACCACUGGGCAAAGAGCUAAAUAACCAUCAAUCACAUUGGAAACCAACAGAAUAUCUCUCAACAUUUAACAUUUUGCACCCAGAAUUGCAUUAAUUUUGCCAUCAUAUAUCUCCCCCUUUGUUCUUCAACAAACGUGUUUUUUUUUUUGUUUUUUUUAUUUAUUUUUUUAAAUUUUUAUUUAUUCAUCACCAGCCAAACGGACAUUGAAGACAAACAAACAGCAAGAGUUUACAGUGCUAAGAAACGUGUAUAAAUGUUGUAAACUUGUUACAGAGGUUUUCCAGUCAUUUGUAAGAGUUUAUGAAGUUAACAAUGUGACAAUGGGCAAACAACCCAAUAAAAUCAAAAUAAAAUAAUUAAAAUGCAAAAAACAAAACAAAAAAAAAUACAAAAGCGCAAUCAUCAGAGGGUGUGCAAAAUAGAGAGAGGUCCACUGGGCAAAUGCAAGGAUGUUUAUGUUAAACCACGUGAGCUAAUUUUGAAUAUAACCAGACCACAUGCUCCAUAUUUUAUUUAAAUGAAGUAGUGUUACUUACCAUCGCAUUCAAUUCAUUCAUUAACAUGUUCUACUUUGUACUAUUACUAUAGCAAGGGAAGGGGUAUAUCUUGAAACCAGGAAAAAGCUAAGACCAUACGAGCAGUCAGACUAAUUAUACUGAACAGCUUUUGUUGGUGAGAUGUGAGAUUGGUCUAAUAGUCCAUGUUUUUAUAGUUACAUAGAAAACCCAAGUAGGGGUGCACCACAUCCUUUAAAAAAAUAAAUAAAUAAAUAAAUAAAUUAAAAUGUUAAUAAUUUGAUGUAUUAAAUAAAAAUAAUCAAUUUGAGGUGUAAAUAUUAUUUUAGAUUAAAUACUUGUUGUAUUUUCAUUAACAGGUCAGGAUUUAUCUUAAAGAAUAUGAAGACACCCAGACCUGUUACUUAAAUCUGUUAGAGAAAUGCAUUAAAGAACUGCGCAGUAUCGCAGAUGAUGUGGACAAAUUCCAUAGAGGAGCCAUCAUCACCAACAUCGCCGGGAGCUCAGUGGGAAUAGCCGGUGGUAUUACCACUAUUGUAGGGCUUGCUCUGGCUCCAUUCACAUUUGGAGCUUCUCUGAUUGUUGCUGGUGUUGGUAUUGGAGUGGCUACUGCUGGAGGCCUCACUGGUGCAGCAGCGUCCAUUGCUGACCAUGUCAACAUCAAAAAUAAAUGCAAGAAGGUAGAGGAGAUUAUAGAGGAACUAAAACAGGGCAUGGAUAAAAUGCAAGAACUUGUGUCAGAGAUUAAUACAUUAAUUGAUAACAUAAGGUCUAAAUUAGGAUUGAUAAACUGCAACUUUGCUAGAGUGGGUGUAAGAGGUGUAUUUGCUGCAACAGAGAUUACCAGAUUAGCUCAGCUAGUCAAGCUGUCAACAACUGCAGCCCGAGGGGCACAGCUGGCCGCACGUGGUGCCCAGGCUGCAACAGCUGUAUCAGGGGUCUUUGCUGCACUCUUUUUAGUACUUGACAUUGCUUUUGUCAUCAAGGGUGCACAGGAUCUGAAGAAUGGUGCUAAAUCUGACCAGGCAGCAAAGAUUAGAAAAGUUGCAGAUGAUUUAGAAGCAGAAUUUAACACGAUGCACGAUACAGGAAGGGAAUGGGAACUGCAGCUUUCAUCUUUUUCAUCUACAACAUCUUUUUGUAGCUUAACCUCAUCUGCAAAUACUGAAUAAGCAGGACGUUUAAACGUAGGUUAUUAAAUCAAAGCUUGUAUUGUGUAUAUUUCCAUCUGACAUACAACUGUGAUUUUAUCUUCUCUUGUCUGCUAUCUAAUAUGAUUGCCUUCUUUUGGUGCAAAACAUAAUUUUGCUGCAAUUUGACAACAAGAUCUAGGGAUAUUGGUCUCAUUCAAAGGAGCUGCAGUAAGGAUCAUAGAUUUCAUAAAAUGUGCUCUUUGGCGUGCCACUUUUUGAGAUUUUUUUCAGGAGAUACCAGGAGAUGGUAGGACCUUAUCAGUGAUUCAAAACAUACAUGGAAAACAGAUCAAAAUGAAUAAUGUGGUUGAUAAAAUACUAUAUUUUUAUACAUUUUGUGGUAGAGGCCAGAGACUGAGAAAGGAAGGGAGUAUUUCCCCCCACUUUCCCAUUUAUUUUUCCUAUAGUGAAUUGGAUGCUUGCUUAUAUAAACAGAAUUGUUUAAUUUUGUAAAACUAUAUAUGCAGUGUAAAGACAACGUUUGAAUAUAAACAAUGAAAAUGUAC